GUAACAUAAGGGUGUGUUUAAUUCCAGUGAGUGAGAACCAACCACCGGCCGUGCAGGAGUAUCAGCCUGAGCUGGUCUUCAGUAAUCUGUAUAUAUAACCAGACGUUAAAUCUGCACAUCUGCAUUGUUAUCUGUUCACUGUGUGACAGAGAGAGUAGAUAACAUCUGCUAGCUCCUCUCACGCUAGAUCUUUAGAAUACCUGAGAUCAUUCUUCAGAAGUUUUCCAACCUGCAGCACUGACUGCACAUCUCACCUGGAACCACAGCAAUGGCGGAUAAGACUGUGCUGAUUGUGUACGCUCAUCAGAGUCCACGUUCAUUUAACUCUGCACUCAAGGAUGUGGCUGUUAAGGCUUUGACUGAGCAAGGCUGUAAGGUUAUCGUGUCUGACCUUUAUGCCAUGAACUUCCGUGCCUCAGCUACCGCCGCAGAUAUCAAAGGAGACUUAAAAAAUCCAGAUCACUUCAUCUACAAUGAGGAAGCCAUGAAUGCCUGGAAAGAGGACAGAUUGAGUGAUGAUAUUAAAGAAGAGCAGCGUAAACUGACAGAAGCUGAUUUUAUAAUCUUCCAGUUCCCACUUUACUGGUUCAGCGCUCCUGCUAUAGUGAAGGGCUGGAUUGAUCGAGUGCUGACUCAGGGAUUUGCUUUUUCUAUGCAGAGCCUCUAUGAUAAUGGAGUAUUCAAGAACAAAAAGGCUAUGCUGUCAUUUACCACUGGAGGAAUGGAGUCUAUGUACUUAACUGAUGGCAUUCAUGGUGACAUUAAUGUUGCACUCUGGCCUUUACAGAAUGGAGUCCUGCGCUUCUGUGGUUUUCAGGUCUUGGCCCCACAGAUCUUUUGGAGUCCUGGAUUCUCUCCACCUAAUGUGAGAGCAACCAUGCUGGAGGAAUGGCAGAAGAGGCUGGGUGGGCUGUUGGAUGAAAAGCCCUUGUCCUUUGCUCCGACUGAGCUUUUUGACCUCAGUUUUCAGACAGGGUUUCGACUCCGCCCUGAGGUAAAGGAGGCAUACGCCUCUAAACCAUAUGGCCUCACCACAGCACAUCACCUGGGUAAACCGCUUCCUCCAAACAACCAGACCAAGGCUCAGGAGCCAUAAAGCCCUAUUAAAAUUAGGCCCAAAGAUAUGUGAGUAAAGUGAUUUGUGAAGGAUGCACACACAUGUACUGGAAUGUAAAACACUAAAUGUUAAUUAACAAAUAUUUUGAUCCAACCUAUAUGUUAAAUUAUGUUUUAAAUUUACCCAUUAAUCUACCUCUUUGUAGGUUUGUUAAUACAAAACUUGAAAAUACUAUGCAAUGACUACUAUCACAUUAAACUAUUAAUAGAUUAA